UUGUUUUUUUACAGGCACUCCUGUUGAGUCAGGUCUUUCCACAGUCUGGACUUACUGUUGAGUGUUUGCAUCAGACUGCAGGACUUUGGAGGUGUUCCUGAGCGUGAGCUCCUCGAGCAUUAUGGAUCCAAGCUUAUUAAAAGAACGGGAGCUCUUCAAAAAACGAGCUCUCUCCAAUCCAUCAGUAGAAAAACGUCCAGCGCUUUCUGAGUCAUCCUCAUCGUCCAAGAAGAAGAAAGCCAAGGUUGAGCAGGGAGGAUCGUCAGGCUCAAAACAAAAUUCAGAUCACAGUAAUGGAUCCUUUAACUUCAAAGCCCUUUCUGGAGGCUCAGGAUACAAAUUUGGAGUUCUUGCAAAGAUUGUAAAUUACAUGAAGACCCGACACCAGAGAGGUGACACACAUCCACUGACUUUAGAAGAAAUUUUGGAUGAAACCCAGCAUUUGGACAUAGGGCUUAAGCAGAAACAAUGGCUAAUGUCUGAGGCGCUAGUCAACAACCCCAAAAUUGAAGUAGUAGAUGGGAAAUACGCCUUCAAGCCCAAGUACAACCUGAAAGAUAAGAAGGCCUUGCUCCGGCUCCUCGAUAAGCAUGACCAGAGAGGCUUGGGAGGAAUCCUCCUAGAAGACAUUGAGGAGGGGCUGCCCAAUGCCCAGAAAGCCAUCAAGGCCUUGGGGGACCAGAUCAUCUUUGUCACGCGUCCUGACAAGAAGAAGAUCCUUUUCUUCAAUGAUAAGAGCUGUCAGUUCACAGUGGAUGAAGAAUUUCAAAAACUUUGGAGGAGCAUCACUGUGGAUUCUAUGGAUGAGGAGAAAAUUGAAGAGUAUCUGAAGCGACAGGGUAUUUCUUCUAUGCAGGAGUCUGGACCAAAGAAAGUGGCUCCCGUCCAGCGGAGGAAGAAGCCAGUGUCACAGAAGAAGCGGAGGUUCAAGACUCACAAUGAGCACUUGGCCGGGGUCUUGAAGGAUUACUCCGACAUUACUCCGGGCAAACAGUGAGCGGUUUCCUUGCGACCAGCUGCGUUCACGGAGGAUCUCGACUGAGGAUGCUCGGGCUGGUGUUGGCUGGAGGGCGGCCCCUUCUCCCUACCUGUGGAGAGAAAGCAGCUCCUUUACAGGACGGGGUGAGGUGCCAGCCUCCUCUGACCUUGCUUGGAUCGAUUGGCCGCGAGGUCAUUCCUCUGGGUUCACUCACUGGUGGAAGAGGUGCCUGCCAGCGCCAUCAUCAUCCGAUGUUCAGCUGUGCUUCUGCUCACGGCUCCACUUCCCCCUUCUGUUAUUAGAGCAAGUUUGCAGAUAGAACUGAACGCAGUGUGUGUUUACUCUACGAGAACCUAUUUAUAAUAAAACCAUUGUGGAAACAUG